GAAAGAAGAACGUUAGCAAACGAACUAAUUAAACGAGAUCAUAAUUAAAGAAACACACGAAGGUGGUAAAUCGAAGAAGGUUAGUUACUGUAAGUUCAAAGGUACGUCGACCUAUUUAUGGUUUCGUGCACGUUCGUAUACGAGACUGCAGAAAUUCUAAAUACGUCCGCAACAAUCUAAUUGAAGCUAAACAAGCUAUGGAAAUAGCUCUCGCACACACAAUACCGCAGUGCACGGUAAUAUCUCGAAAAGAUCGGACACGUUCCAAGUAUCUCCCAUUAAAUUAUUAAAUAAUAGUCCCAUAAGUGUGUCAAUAAUUAUCACGAAGUGGUCUAAUCGAGAAAAGAAAAAAAAAAGAAAAAAAAAGGAAAGAAAAAUCGAUCGACGUUUAAUCGUCCUAAAAAAAAGUAUUUACUUUACGAAACAUCUUCAAUUUAUUUGUCAUUUUUUUUAUUUAUUCCAUUCUACUAAUUAAUAUAAUUUUUCAUUUCUGUUUCAUCGUAAUUAGAAACAAUUUUUAUCGAAAGGAAUUGUUUUUAUUUUUUUAUCAAUUGUUAAAUAAAUUUUACGAUCUCGUUUUUUCUUUUUCUUUUCUUUUUCUUCUUUUUGAAUCAGAUUUUGGGAAACGAUCAACUGUCGACUUUUAAAAAUAAGUAAAUUUCGCGAAUGAACUAAAUUCAUACGAAUAAAUAAUCGAGAAAACAAAUGAACGCGACAAUCGAUUAGGUAUAUGGAUAUAUUAUAUAUACAUAUAUAUACAAAAAAUGUAUAAAAUCGUGCUCGUAUCUCGUAUGACAGAAUAAGGAUAAACCGAACAUCUUUCUUUCGUCCACCUAUCUUCCAGAAUCCUUUAACGCGAGUAUUCUCGGACACGUAAAUUAUAAUCUCGUGUCGCAAGAAAAGAAAAAAAUUGAAGAAAAAGGAGAAAAAAGAAAGAAACAAUAAAGAAAAACCACUAUACAACAACAUUAGAAAAGAUUUCGAAAGUGAUCACGAUGCCCAAAAAUUCGAGAACUCGUAUGUACGGAUAAGAGAAGAAUAAAUAAAUAUUUCAAAAGUAAUGUACGAGACAACAAAGGACAGAAGAAAUGAUAAGUCAUUGUCAUGAACAUCCUUGAAAGUAUCAAUAAACAUAAUAUUACGGUAGUGAACGAGCCCAAAAUUCGUGCCAAUACAUUUUCAAGAAUUUUACGUGAAAUUGAUUACGAAGAAUUAGGCGAAUCGAUUUGUAAUAAGAAUUAUUCUAAAACUGUUUUUCAACGUCCAUUGAAAAAUCAUACGAUAGAAAAUGAAAAAGUUAUUUUAUGUGCCGAAAGUGACACCGAAUCGAGAAAGACUAAUGCUGAAAGUGCGAAAACGAAGAAGAAAAAGAAACGAAGAUACUUAACUAUUUGCACUAGUAAUUGCAAAUACGACGUAGUUAGACGCGUAGCAGCACGAUUUGGAAUGAAGGAAGUGACCGAAGACAGUAGUUGGAAUCUUUACUGGACCGAUCUAAGUGUCAGUAUCGAACGUGCAAAAGAUAUGAAAAGAUAUCAAAAGGUCAAUCAUUUUCCUGGAAUGACGGAAAUAUGUCGAAAGGAUUUACUUGCCAGAAAUCUCAAUCGCAUGUUGAAACUCUUUCCAAAGGAUUAUAAUUUUUUUCCAAAAACUUGGUGCUUUCCUGCGGAUCAUGGCGAUGCCAUUGCUUACUCGAAAAUACGUCGAGCAAAGACUUACAUAAUCAAACCAGAUACUGGCUGUCAAGGACGUGGGAUUUAUUUAACCAAAAAUUUGAAAGAUAUUAAACCAAGCGAACGUAUGAUCUGCCAAGUCUACAUUUCCAGGCCAUAUUUGAUAGACGGAUAUAAGUUCGAUCUGCGUAUCUACACAUUGAUAACAUCAUGCGAUCCUCUUCGAAUAUAUGUUUACAAUGAUGGCUUAGCAAGAUUUGCUACGAGUAGAUACAAGGAACCAACUGGUCACAACACAUCGAACGUUUUCAUGCACUUAACUAAUUAUGCUGUUAACAAACAUAGUCGUAUGUACAUCGUUGACGAAGAGAUAGGUAGCAAAAGAAAGAUCUCGACUUUGUUGAAAUGGUUAAGAGUUAAGGAUAUCAAAGUUGACGAUCUAUGGAAUAAGAUCGACGAGAUUAUUAUCAAAACUAUAUUAGCCGCUCAUCCUGUUCUAAAACAUAGUUAUCGUACUUGUUUCCCAACGCACGAUAGAACCUACGCGUGCUUCGAACUUUUAGGAUUCGACAUUUUACUCGAUUGGAAACUGAGACCAUAUCUUUUGGAAGUCAAUCAUUCGCCAAGUUUUCACACAGACGCACAAAUCGACAAGGACGUCAAGGAAUCGCUUUUGACCGACACCUUCGAAAUGUUGAAUCUUCAACAAUGCGAUAAAAAGAAAAUCAUAGAGGAAGAUAGAAGACGCGUUAGGGACAGACUACUUCAAGGUGUAAUCUUGAAAGAUUUCAGCUCGAACAAUGAUAACACCAUGAUGGGUUUGUUGAAAUCGGAAAAAACUGAACAGGAUUACAUAGAGAGACAAUUUAAAUGGGAGGACGAUCAUGUCGGUAACUUUCGUCGAAUAUAUCCGUCCAUUAACGACGAGAAAUAUCAACAAUUUUUUAAACAGAAUGGCACCACAGUAUUCCAAGAGACCGUGGCGUCUCGUGCACGGGAGGAAGCGUCUAAAAUUCAUAAAGAAGAGAACGAAGUUAAAAUAAAAGAGCAGGAUAAUAAAAAGACCAACGGCAAGUGGAUCGAUCAGAAACCGAUUCCAGAAAGUCCGAUGGUUGGACAAAAGAAUAAUAACAAACGUUUGGAACAUAAGUCUUUCACUUAUUUGAAGAAGAUUAUACCACAAAGGCCAUUAUCAAAAAAUUCGGACAAAGUACUGUCCUCCUUCGAACCUGAGAUAAUAUCAGAGUCCGAAGAAAGAGAAAGGGUAACUGCCCUAGCUCAACGUGAUUUUCUUUUAAGAAGUUAUGGUAUACUGGAACAGAUUUACAUGGCUAUGAAACAGAACGGUACACUUAGGGACAAAGACGUUAAAAAAUAUGGUGUCUAUGGGAGGUUAUCGCUGAAGAAUGAAAAAAAUCUAUUCCGCGAAAGAGCAUCGUUUGGCAUGUCAAGAAGCAAUGUUAAAUCAUCAUAAUCAUCGUUAUUAUCAUAAAUGACUAUUGAAUCAUUGUUCAUAAUUUCGUCCAAACAAGUAGUGAAAAAAAAGAAAAGAGAAAGGACAACAAGACAAAUAUAAUACAUUAAUUAAUUGAUUGAUUGAUUAAUAAAAAGAUUAAAAAAAAGAAAGAAAAAAAAAACGUCGACGAUUCACAAAAUUGUUAUUAAAUAAUAAUAACGAUAAUUAUUUUUUAUUAUUAUUAUUAUUAUUAUUACUAUUAUUAUUAUUAUUAUUAUUAUUAUUAUUAUUAUUAAUAUGGUUACUUUAAAUGUAUUUUUGAGAUAUCAGAAAGAGAGAGAGAGAGAAAGAGAGAGAGAGGAAGAGAAAGAAACAGAGAGCUUUUAAAUAUUUCUAUUAAUUAGAAACGAGGCAAUUAUUUAUUCAAAUUUUAUGAAAAUUUUUUUAUGAUAAAAACAAAUAAACUUUUUCACGUAUAUAUUUUUUGUUCGCUAUUAAUAUUAUGUAUUAAAUUAUAUAUAACGAAAACGAAAAUAUAUAAAUGAAAAUAUACCAUAUAUAAAAAUUCAAAAGAUAUAUAUAUAUAUAUAUAUGUAUAUGUUGGUGUACUUGUUACGUGUAUCAAAUUAUCAUGUUCUCAAAACGUUAAAUUGUUAAUAAAUUUUUCUACCAAUUAUUUACAUUAAUUACAAAUUGAUUAUGUAGUUGAUGAACUUAAUAAUUUUCUCUCUCUCUCUCUCUCUCUCUCUCUCUCUCUCUCUCUCUCUCUCUCUCUCUCUUCUGUCUCUCUCUUCUGUCUCUCUCUCUGUGUCUUUUCAUAAUUUCAAUUGAAAAAGAUAAAACACUCUGAAAAGAGAGCGAUUAGAUAAAAUUAAACGAGGUACGAGUUGUAUCUUUUUCAUUUAGGAAUCAUAUAUGUAUAUAAAUAUGUACAAUAAAAGUAUG